CCAGAAGAGGCUUUACCAAACAGACAGACCCCCUGCCAACAAGCCUCCGAGCUAGCUACAGACGCUAGCUACCUACGUUUUCUGAGGAUAUUCAACGGUCCAAACACCACCAUGUCUUCAAGAACUCUGCCUCUGCUGUUCAUCAACCUCGGUGGAGAAAUGCUGUACAUCCUGGACCAGCGGCUCAGAGCUCAGAAUAUCCCCGCGGACAAAGCUAAGAAAGUUAUGAAUGACAUCAUCACCACCAUGUUCAACAAAAAGUUCCUCGAGGAGCUUUUCAAGCCACAGGAGCUUUACUCCAAGAAGGCCCUGCGGACUGUGUUCGACAGGCUCGCCCAUGCCUCCAUAAUGAGACUCAAUCAAGCCAGCAUGGACAAGCUCUAUGAUUUGAUGACCAUGGCUUUCAAGUACCAAGUGCUCCUCUGUCCCCGGCCCAAGGACAUCCUUCUCGUCUCCUUCAACCACAUGGAUGCGAUCAAGGACUUUGUGAAAGACACUCCCAGCAUUCUCAGCCAGGUUGAUGAGACGUACCGACAGCUCAUAGAGAUGUACACACCCUUGUCUAGUGGGGAAUUCCAGCUGAUCAGACAGACUCUCCUUAUCUUCUUCCAAGACAUGCAUAUAAGAGUAUCUAUUUUCCUCAAGGACAAAGUGCAGAACUCAAAUGGUCGCUUUGUGCUCCCCACUAGUGGUCCUGUGCCUUAUGGAACACAAGUCCCCGGCUUGAUAAGGAUGUUUAGCUGCACUGGUGAAGAGAUGGCCAGACUGCAGUUCAGUAAUGGAGGAAACUACAGUGCUGCUCUCCGGGAGGGAUCUUUUGAGAUUUUCGGAGACAGGGUCACCAAACUAGGCACAAACAUGUACAGCGUGAGCCGCCCAGUGGAAACCCACAUGUCAGGAACAUCUAAAAAUUCUGCUCAGCACACAAAGGUCAGUGCUGCUCCCAACCCUCUGGCCAAAGAGGAGCUGAAUCUAUUGGCCAAGUUAAUGGGAGGGUUAGAAGUUCAGAAACCAGGAAAUGCAGACAGCGGCUUCCGUGUCAACCUCUUCGCCACCGAUGAGGAAGAAGAGGAGGCAUUAAUAUCAAGACCAGAUGAGCUUUCAUAUGGAGUCAUAAACAUCCAAGCAACAAAAGACCAGCAGGCCAAUGCAGAGCUGGCCAAGAUCAUGGGGGAGUUCACAGAGUCUGGAGAUCAAUCUCCCAGCGCCAGCAGCAAAGGAGACGACCUUCUGGCCAUGAUGGACGGCCUGUGACACGGUCGCCCUGACAGAAACGCCCAGGGGGGUGGGGCACGAUGCAUCGUCAACAGUCUGCUCUACUGUAGACCAGUCUGCUGUCUCUACCUGCGUACACACGCUGCAGCGACCUCACGUGCAGCCAAUAAACUUUCUUCUUUGGGUGCUAUUAAAAUGCAGAUGUGAGCAGGUGUUGCCGUUUGGUUGUCAAAUGACCGACUGCCAAUUUGCAUAGUUAACAACAGAGAAUGUGGUGAGCCGAGCUUUAAGCUAUGAUACACUGUAGUAGUAUAUUUGCUGUAAACUGAAGUGUUUCAGUGCAUCAAAAUACACAGUGGGCCUACUGUACAUCAGUGUAUUGAUAUGUAUGUGUGGCGAUAGCAAUACAUGCUAGCUGUACACAAAACACACAUUCCUUUAAUUUCACACUAGUACAUUUCUCUUAAUUAUUAAUAACACAUCCCAGUUUUAGUUGCUUUGAUGCGUUAUAGCUCAUAAUUCCAUGUUACACGAUGUGAAGAGGGAGUUUAACUUCCUCUGUGUUCAAUGAACGAAUGAUGAUAUUGUGGAGAAAUCGGUGAAAACCCAAGUGCUCUUUCUAACGAGAUUUAAAUUCCCUCAAAUCUUUAUUUUGGUAAGAGAUAUUUAUAUGUUGCAUCACACUGCACUACCUUAAAACAAUAUGAGGAGCAACCUGUAAGACACUUUUCACCUCCCUGUGAGUCUCUUGUGUGGAGCUAUGGCCCAGAAAUAUGCUCACUGAUGAGUACGUUAUUAUAAAAUAGAGUAAUGCAAUAUAAGUUGUUGUCUAAUAUGUAAAUAAGUUUAUUGCAUACGUUAUUUAUUUGAAUGUAUAAUGUUAUAUGUAUAGGGGAGUGCAUAUUGCUACAGUUGUUUAAUUGUUGGAUGUGCAAUGUAGGAUUUUUAAUAAAUAGAUG